AUGGUUCAUCUUCCACUGCUCCUGGCCUUGACAAAGUCCAGAGGAUGUCUAUCCUUUGCAUUCACUUCCACAAGGAUGACGUCUGGUAUUCGUAUUCAUGAUAUUCAGAAAUCAGAGCAUCACCGACUAUUUUCUCGGCACUACAUGGCGGCUUCGUCCAAUGAUGUAUCGUCACCAGAAGUACCACCUGUGGAAAUCUCCCCAUCCACCCACGGAACUCUGCCAUUGACUGGUAAUUCCUUUGUGCAGUCCAACGAAACGAUGAAUGAAAAAUUAAGCGCUGUCUUGAAACAAGAAGGAUGGACACGGCCAACGACCAUUCAGGCAAAUGCCAUUCCACUGCUGCGCAAAGAGUUUGAUGUCAUGGCAUCCUCUCAGACAGGAUCGGGAAAGUCACUCAUGUUUUCACUGCCCAUGGUGGAACGUAUUGUACUCGAGUCUUCAAAUACAAAGAAUAAUCGAGUCAUGGGUAUGGUGAUUUCUCCCACAAGAGAACUUGCCAUUCAGACGGCUGGAGUGUUAAAGACACUGACCAAAAAUUAUCCGCACCUGAAAGUUUCGCUUGCGACGGGGGGUGGAAAUACCAAGCAACAACGACAAGAAUUGGCUUCGGCGAGUAUUGUUGUUGGUACUCCGGGGCGAAUAUUGCAGUUUACCGAUGAGCGAAACUUGUCCUUACAAAAUCUAAAGUUCUUGGUAAUUGAUGAAGCCGAUCGACUGAUGGAUCUCGGUUUUGAACCACAGCUGACCCGAAUUGCGAGGCUUCUCAAAACUAAGAGGCAGCAUCAAAGUGUUUUGUGUUCUGCUACUUUCCCUACUUCGGUACAACGGAUUGCUGCUGACUUUUUGCGGCCGGAGUAUUACUUUGUGAGUGUGGGAAGGGUAGGUUCUACUCAUGCUCGAAUCAAGCAACGCUUUGAAUGGAUGGGCAAUGAUGCGGGCAAGGUAAAGGCAGUCACUCGUCAUGUCACACAAUUCUUGAAACGAUCCAACGGAAACAAGAACAACAGUAUUAUUGUCUUUGCCAACAUGAAACAAGACGUUGACCAGUAUGGCAAAGCAUUGGCCAGCAGUGGAAUCAAGUGCCGGAUCAUUCAUGGGGACAAGGAGCAGAGCGAUCGGAAUCAAGCCUUGAGGGACUUUUCGAAUAAAAAGGCACAAGUCUUGGUGGCAACCGACGUGGCAGCACGGGGAUUGGACGUUUCACACAUCGGUUUGGUUAUUCAAGCGGAUGCCCCCAGCAAUGUUGAUUCCUACACGCAUCGUGUCGGAAGAACGGGCCGGGCGGGUGCCAAAGGAGAGGCAGUAACAUUUUUGAACAAUAAGAACCUCAGAGUUGCUGGUGAAUUGCUGGAACUAUUGUACGAAGCUGACCAACCAGUGCCGGCUUGGCUUGUCGGCAUGGCUUAUUCUUCCAAAGCACACGCCAUGCAAGAGGAGGCACAAAUAUCGGCAGGGACACUGACGGAGAGCGAAAAGGAAGAGCAAGAAAAUGUAGUCAAUGACGAGUUUUCAGGGCAGGAUUUUCGGCGUCACGCAGUGGAAGGUUCCUACGGUGCUGGGCGGGAUACGUCCUAUCGGUCAUUCGAUGAUGAAGCCUACAGUCCCAGUGUGCAAGUAGACUUGGUAGGAGACCAAUCACCAAUUCCGAAAGCAGAGAACUCUUUUUCUACCGAGAUGGAUACUUCAGGUGACACCGAUACAGUUGCUCCUUCAGUUUCAAUGCCCAAGCUCAUCGAAUCCAAGCCGAGCCGGCAGCUUGCGGAAGCCCUUGAGGAAAUGAAUCAAGGAAAGGGAUUCGGCAGCAAGCCCGAUGCUAAGAUCUAUACAACACUUUCCAGAAACCGAAACCAAAAACUACCAUUUGAAUACCUCGGUAAUUUUCCAUUUGACGAAGUUUUGCCGCUGCUUCGAUCCACAAAACGAGACUACCGAAAUACAGCGCACUCAUCAUUGCCACGGAUACUCAUGGUUGCUGAAAAACCGUCAAUUGCCCUCGCAAUUGCAGAGGCGCUCAGUGGAAAAAGAGGGCCCCGAAAACGUUUUGGGAUAUCACGAGCGCUGCCUGUUUAUGAAUUUGUAUCAGAAGCCUUUGAGCCCCUGAAUGAAUCCGGGUCUCCUACAAAGUGUCUGGUGACUGUUACAUCAGUCGUUGGACAUCUUUUCUCGCUUGGGUUUGACAGUAAGGACCAGCGGCAAAGCGAUCCUUCUGACUUUUUCCGCUUGCCAAUCGUGAAACAAGAGGAGUCGACAACUUCUAAACUUCGAGUCAUGGACCAUCUUCGUGCUCUAGCUGCUGACUCGGACCACUUAGUUUUGUGGUUGGACUGUGAUCCUGAAGGAGAGAACAUUGCUCAUGAAGUCAUCGCUGUGACUAGACGUGCGAUUGAAGCAAAAGAAGGAGGGGCUGCCGAUCGCAUUCACCGAGCAAAGUUCUCGGCUAUCACAGCAAAGGCUCUUCAGGAUGCCUUCAAGACUCUUCAGAAACCUGAUGCGGAUCUCUCCAGAUCUGUGGAUGCACGACAAGAACUUGAUCUUCGUAUUGGUGUGGCUUUGACACGACUGCUAACAUGGAAGUGUGUUGGUGCAGCGCGAAAACGAUUCUCUCCGGCAACCAAAUUUGUUUCCUAUGGACCAUGUCAAACCCCGGCCUUGUCAUUUUGCGUCGACCGCGCUCAUGAGAUCCAAAAGUUUGCUCCAACCACGUUCUGGGAACUACAAAUUGAAGCAAGUCCAGACUCUGAUAAAAAGAACAAUCGUCCACUGAAGUGGACGGGUUCCAAUGGAUCUGCUGAAAUGGGAGACAAUUCGACCCCUAACAAAGUGACUGCAGAGAAGCUUGUCAAGAUUGCUUCAAAAUCUGGUGCACAUGUUGUGGUUGAAUCCAUCCGAGAGGAAAAUUGCAAAGUCAGUGCACCAGUGGGCCUAAACACGGUUGCUCUCCUCGAGGCUGGUUCAAAAGCACUUGGCAUGUCACCAAAGAAAGUCAUGAGUGUUGCAGAGAAGCUCUAUAGCGAUGGUUACAUCUCAUACCCGAGGACUGAGACCACGCGCUACGAUCCUACUGGUUUUGAUGUCCGAACUACCUUGAGGCAGCAUUCGAAGCAUGGCGAAUGGGGGAAAAGCGUAUCCUAUCUCUUGCGAACAAAGUACAGCAACCACGGAAGCCCCCCGACUCGUGGACGAGAUGUUGGAGAUCAUCCACCAAUCACUCCACUCAAGGCGGCUUCAAGACAAGAGAUCGGCAAUGGUCCACCGUGGAGAAUAUACGAAUUCAUCGUGCGUACAUUCCUCGGCUCAUUGCAUAACGAUCUGCACUAUUUGCGAACGGUAGCGUCGCUCAAGUUGGUUGGUGAAGGCUCUGCAGAUCAAGAAUCGGGGGCUGAUUUCGAAUUAGAAGUCGUCACUGUGGACUCAUUAGGAUUCGCUGACGUUUGCCGUUGGGUCCUCCGUGACAUUGGUGCAAGUCGUGAACAGUCGGAAAUGUCAGAACUAUCCAUUGGGCAAGAGCUAAGUAUCACAAAGGCUGCAGUGAGAGAACGAGAGACACGGCCCCCGAGGUUCUUACAAGAGCAUGAAUUGAUUCGAUUGAUGGACGAAAAUAGGAUUGGAACUGAUGCCAUCAUGGCAGUUCAUGUCAACAAUAUCAUUGAUCGAGGAUAUGUCAUUCUUUGUGACGAGGCUGGAGUACCCCUUCGUGCUCCGCGGCCUCCUAGACCUGGAAGCAAGCCUCUUCCACGACAGAUUGGCCGCUACAUGGUACCCACUGCACUUGGCCUAAAUCUCAUUGCACUCUUUGGCAACGAAACGAACGAAGCAACACCUGCUCUCCUAGUAAAGCCGUCGAUUCGACAGAAGAUGGAAGAAGAAGUGAAGCAGAUCGCAUUGGGCGUGUUCGAGAAAGACGAGUGUGUUCAAACAAACCUGGAUUGGUUUGAGUCAAGGUACCAAGAGUUUUUCGAAUCAUUAUCUCGUGAUCGAGUUAAUGAAUUUGCUCGGGAACUGUCUCCAACAUCGAAGAGCUUGGAGAACUGGCGCAAAACUGGGGUCUUCGAGCCGAAACAGACGGUAGCAAUCAAGAAAUCAACCAAACCCAAACCAAGAAAUACCCAGCAAGGUAAAAAUAGCAACAAGCAAGGAGGGAACAAGAAGAAGAAUAGAGGAGCUUGGAAGUCAAGAAGUAGGCAGACAGCCAAGAAGUAA